GACGACGACGCCACGGAUGCUUCGGUACUCGAGCCCCAGUCGCCGACAAGAGACGUCGCCAGAGACCGCCGACUCGAUGCUGGCCUUCGUCAACGGCGUCUGCCGCUGCUGCCUCGGCGUCGACCUCUGCGCCACGAGCCCACUGGUCGUCUACCUCGCCGAGGGCCCGCUCAUCAAGAAGGGCGACUACGCCCACUUUCGCUACUUUGUGCUCGACUCGAACGGGUUCCUCAAGUACUACGAGAUCCCGGUCAAGCAGACAAUCAACGACAUGGGCGACGUCGUCGUCCACAUCCCCAAGAACAAGCUCACGCUCACGAACCAGCUCACGACCCGCAAUUUGCGAGGCGUCAUGCUGCUGCAUCCGUCGCUGUGCGCGACCGAGUUUGAGAUCUCGGGCUCGGGCCUCGACCUCACUUCGCUCAACCAGACCACGUCGUCGCUCAACUCGGAGAUGCGCUGCGUGCGCCGGACGCGCGAGAUCCUCGUGACCGGCUUUGCGACCAACGGGACGCUCACGUCGUGGAAGCUCCAGGCCUCGAGCCACUCGCACUACGACAUGUGGGUCAAGGCCUUCCGCAUCGCGAUGCGCCCGGUAUGGGUGCCCAACUCGAAGCACUGCCAGAUUUGCCACGGCACGUUCUCUGCCUUCUUCCGCCCGCACCACUGCCGCAAGUGCGGAACGUGCGUGUGCUACCAGUGCUCGCACUUGAUCCCGCGUCUGCCGCUGCUCGGCUACACGGACCCCGUCCGCAUCUGCUGCGACUGCGACCCGCUGCCCGAGCCGUUCUUGCCGGGCACGAAGGUGCUUGUCUAUGGCAUCCGCGUCGGCACGAUCGUGCAAGGCUCGUCGGACGCAGCCAUGGUCCACGUGUCGAUGCCGGCGCGCGAGACGAUCCAGCGCGUGCACAUUCGGUACGUCGAGCGCUACUCGGAGAUGAUCCUCGCCGCGAACCGCAUCAAGUCGCGCCUCAAGUCGUACUUGGCGUACCGCCUCUUCCGCACGCAGCUGCACUUCCACACGUGGAGCCUCCUCGAGACGCUCGAGGAGCAGCGCGCGGUGCAGACGGUCAAGAUCCUCAAGACGUCGAUCAGUGUCAACGAACUCCAGUCGCUCACGCCCGCGUGGAGUAACUCGUGGGACCAAACCGCCGAGCUCCAGAACCAAAACCUCCCGGACAAUGUCGUGCCGGCGUCGUACCGCGGCGCGCACCUCACGUUCCCGCUCACGGAAAACCAAGUGCUCAAGCUCGUCGACGCCUUCCGCAACGGCCUCCCGCUGCAUCAAGCCUACGUCACGCGCCUCCUCAACCUCAUUCUCGAGCAGCCACUCGUGUGCAUGAGCCGGCUCACGAUCCCGAACGGCGUCCAGGUCGUCAUCGUUGGCGACCUCCACGGCCAGUUUGAGGACCUCAUGACGAUCUUUGACCGCAAAGGCGUGCCGAGCAAGCACGUGUGGUACGUCUUCAACGGUGACUUCGUCGACCGCGGCCUCCACGGUGUCGAAGUCAUCUUGACGCUGCUCGCGUACAAGCUACUGUACCCGUCCUACGUGUUUUUGAACCGCGGCAACCACGAGGCGUCGAUGCUCAACCACGUGUUCGGCUUUGAAGAAGAAGUCAUGCGCAAGUACCGCGACUCUGGCGCGCUCUUCUUGCUCUUUGAGCAAGUGUUCAACCGCCUUCCGCUGUGCACGCUCGUGCAAGAUGCGAUCUUUAUCGUGCAUGGCGGCGUGCCCCACAACCCGGGCGUGACGCUGGCCGACAUCCAGGCCAUUGACAUUGAGCGCGAGCCGCCCACCGGCGCGAGCGGGCUUUUGGCCGACGACAUUUUCUGUCAAAUGCUCUGGAACGACCCGCAGCCGCACACGGGCAUCACCGUCUCGAAGCGCGGCUGCGGCUACGAGUUUGGGCCGGACGUGACGCAGGCGUUUUGCAAGACCAACAACCUCCAGAUGAUCAUUCGGUCCCACGAGUCGCACGAGGACGGCUACGUCGUGUGCCACGACGGGCUCAUCCUCUCGGUCUUCUCGGCGUCGGCGUACUGCGGGUUCCAGACCAACAAGGGCGCGUUCGUGGUCGUCACGAACGAGCUCAAGCCGUACGUGGUUCAGUUUUACGCGCAGCCGCUUCAAAAGUACACGUGCCACCGCAACUGGCGCGCGCAAACCAAGGCGUUUGAGGACAAGACGCUCUGGAGCCUCCAAGAACUCAUUGGCCAAAAGUGCGACGCGCUCCGCCAGUACUUUCGCGGCCAGCCCUUCUGGCGCAUGUUCCUCACGCGUCUCCAGUGGAAGCAAGCGCUCACCGACGUCCUCGGCGUGCCCGUGCACUUUCUGCUCUACGCGCCGCAGCUGGUCGUGCUCGACGACCAUGGCAAGAUCGACUGCUACGAGUUUCUCCGGUACUAUGAAGUGUCGAGCGAGACGGACGUGCCGUGGUGCCACGAGAUGCUCGGGCGCAUCUUUGGUGCGAUCCUCCAGGACGCAGACCCGGCGCUGCCGGAGCGGUCGCUCAUGAAGCGCGCGUUCGAGUACUUUGACCGGUCGCUCAAGCAGCGCAUCACGUUUGACGACCUCAAGGACACGCUGCGUGUGCUCGGGUACCUCGAGGCCAAGCCCGCGUCGCUCCCCAUGUCGUCGUCAUCGCUCUCGGUGCCCAUGUCGUCGUCGCUCUCGUCCUUGACGUCACCGCCGAGCCGGGCGAUGCGCAACUCGAUGGCGAGUCUCUACCGCGACGAAGCGAGUGUGGCGACCGCCGACGACAAGGAGGACGACGACGACGUCGUGCUCUCGGAGCAGCAGGCGUUUGAGCUCAUGCAGUACCUCGACACGAACGAAGACGGGAUCGUGGGCGAAGACGAGUUUGCGACGACGUUUUACGCGGUCAUUGGCCACUCGCACGCGCACUACGCCGCUUCGUCGUAGCCCCAAGUACAUACAUCCACAUAUAUAUAUAUCGAUAUAUCAAGUGCGG